AUGAACGCGGGUUACGGUAGCUACGGACAAUAUCACAUUCAAGCAACUACACGCCACGGCUGCCCGAACCCCUGGCCUAAACUCCCUCCCCCGGCUCAGCCCCUUCUUCAUCACGUUACUAUGCAUCCCUCCACAACCUUCGCUUCUCUCCUCGCCGUCACCAGUAUCACCAGCGUCAUCUCCACCGUCGCCGCCCUCGGACUCAACUGCCGCGGCUCCGGCCUCUGUCCCCUCGCCAGAUUCGAAAACAAGGACCCCGAAUCCAUCGUCCAGAUCCUCCGCGACGCCAUCUACGCCACCUCCAAACCCUUGACGACCACGUACACCGAGGGCCAGCACGUAGUCUGCAUCUCCUCGUCCGAAUCCGUCACCAUCGGCUCCGACAUCAGCAAGGGUAUUGAUGCAUCCGGCGCUAGCGAGUCCACCGGCGGGAAUUACAAACUCGACGUCGCAAUCGGCACCGGAGGCAUUUGCGCGUUUCCAAAUUACCUGAAGGCUGGCGCCAGCUUGACACUCGCGCAGAUACAGCCGCUGGCGGAUCAGGUGCUGGAGCAUAAGUGUAAGACGUGUGGGAGUGCGACGGUCGAUUGGGGCAAUAGUCCUAAGGAUGGGUAUUUGACGUUCAACUAUGUAGAGGAUCCAUUCUGCGAUGGGGAUUGUAUUUCCGGUGAUGGCACUGCGGUGGCGAAUAGCAAGUGA